AAGUUAGGUCGAGGCGAAUAAUUUUUCCCAGUAUCCUUUGCUCGCGCUCUUCGCGGCUUUCGUUUGUUCGUCAGAAGCGCAGUGGCCUGUAAUUGAGAAUCAUGCAAGAUCACAUUCAGAAAUCCGGCGGGAGGAACCGCUCCGACAACACCAGCCCCCGCAAGAGGGAAUACCGCCAGGAGCAGGGCUCGGGGCCCAGCGCCAACAACCACCAUCACCAGCAGCAGCAGGCCUCUAGACAUGGCGAUCGGGCCGUAACCGGGCCCGGAAUCACCGUCGACAUGACUAACUUCCGCAAGCCCGGCGAGAAGACCUACACACAGCGCUGCCGCCUUUUCGUAGGCAAUCUGCCCAACGAUGUGACCGACGAGGAGUUCAAGAAGAUGUUCGAGAAGUACGGCGAGCCGUCCGAGAUAUUCAUCAACAAGGAUAAAGGUUUUGGUUUCAUCAGACUGGAAACCAGAACAUUGGCAGAAAUUGCCAAGGCAGAACUUGAUGAUACUACACUUAGAGGGAGGCAGAUAAGGAUUCGAUUUGCAACACAUGGUGCUGCUCUGACAGUGAAGAAUCUUCCUCAGUUUGUAUCAAAUGAGUUAUUGGACGAGGCUUUUUCUAUCUUUGGACCAGUGGAAAGAGCAGUGGUGAUCGUAGAUGAUCGUGGGAAACCGACUGGAAAAGGCAUUGUAGAGUUUGCUGCCAAACCAGCAGCACGCAAAGCUCUGGACAGAUGCACAGAUGGUGCAUUCUUGCUGACAGCGUUUCCAAGACCUGUGACUGUUGAACCUUUUGAACAGUAUGAUGAUGAAGAUGGACUUCAAGAGAAACUGGUUCAGAAAAACCAACAUUAUCACAAGGAGCGAGAGCAACCACCAAGAUUUGCCCAGCAUGGGACAUUUGAGUAUGAAUAUGCCAUGAGAUGGAAAGCACUGCUUGAAAUGGAGAAACAACAACAAGAGCAAGUGGAUAGAAAUGUGAAAGAAGCGCGAGAAAAGUUGGAAGUAGAAUUGGAAGCUGCACGUCAUGAGCAUCAAGUCAUGUUGAUGAGGCAAGAUUUAAUGAGACGUCAAGAAGAAUUGAGGCGAAUGGAAGAACUACAUAAUCAGGAAGUGCAGAAAAGAAAGCAGUUGGAACUGAGGCAAGAAGAAGAACGUAGAAGACGUGAAGAAGAAAUUUUGCUGCGUCAGCGUGAGAAAGAAGAAAUGAUGCGAAGACAACAGGAAGGCUUUAGAGGAAACUUUGAAAAUAGAGAGAACAUGAGAAUGGAGGAAAUGGCGCAACGUACUGGAAUGGCCAUGCCAGGCAUUCCAGGACUAGCUGCACCUCCCGUCAAGCUGUUCCAGAACAGUAAGAAUGCCGGCUCUGAUCCGACAAUGGAAAAUUGCCCAGUGGGACUAACUGCAGCUGAUUACUCAAACUUGAAAGCAGCCUCUGCAAGCCAAGUUCCUCAGCCACUUAUGGGAAUGAACAGGCCCACUGUGAAUACUAAUGCACCACCACCUCAAGGUCCACCUGGAAGCCUGGGAAAUCAAAUGCCAGAAAGCAACAUUGGAUUGCCUAAUGAUCGAUUUGUUCCUGGAAAUAUGGAUGGUCAAGCAAAUAACAUGGGUGGACCGAUGGUUGGGAGCCCGGCUGGGUUUCCCCGUGGAAAUCAAGUUGGAGAGUUUGGUGCAAAUAAACGCCGUAGAUACUAAAUACAGACCUGAAAAUAUCCAGUAGCCUUUAGCCAUUCCACUUAUUGCCUCAAGUUUUUUUGCAGAUUGUAUCAGUUGUAAUGAGCUUUAGUACAUAAGGUCUUUUUGGUAUUUUACUGUUUCAAAUAUUAUUUUAACUUCCUGUUGGAUGUAUUUAGUGAAUGUGCAUGAUAUGUUUCAGUAAUCUAAAAUGUACAUAAUGUAAUGCACAAGUUGCAGAGAAUUUGGACAAAAAGUCUCUCUGAGAUGUUACUAUUUUGAUAUUUGUUUAGCUACUCUAGUACCAUCUUCAAUGAAACAGUCUUCUGGAACGAUUUUGUCUUUUGUGAUUUUUGUUUUUUUAAGUGAUUUCAGACAGUAAAAUUGGAAUCUCAAAUGGCCUAUGUGUUUUUAUUUUGUAUUGCUGUAGGCUUUUUGUUGAUAUGCUUGGUAUUUUAAAUAUAGAUGGGGAUUGGGAUGAGGAAAUGUAGGCAAUAGGUGGGUUUGCAUUUGAGUUUGGUGGAAUGGGCUUAAGCUUUUUUGACAUGAAAUAGAUAAGAAUUGAGGUUCAUUGAUCAUAUCAUGCUGUGUUGGCCUUUUAAGGAUAUUGUGUAUUCUGGUUUUGGUAGUUCAAAAGCUCAAUAUUUCUAACUACUGACAAUAUUUAACAGGAAUAACUUGUAUUUGUGGGAUGGGGGCAUUAGAAUUAAAAUUCAUCGGGUCUCUGGAACAUAUACCUGGCUUGCAGGAAAAUAAAUCAAAUAUAAACCCACCUUUUUGAACUUGAUACCCUCGAGCUUGUUCACGGAUGCUUGGUAUACGUUGCAAUACACGCUUUAAGGUGCAAAUAAAGUUCUCGGCAAUCUUUCCUGUAUUGUAAUGUAUUCAUUUACGCCCUGAUUUUUUUUCCUGUUAAUAUUUAAAGUUAUUCAGUUCAUUACUGAGCGGUAUUUUUAUUCCAUACUUCGAGAAGUUUUUUAUCUUUGACUUUAAUUAUUCUUCACUUUUUACUGAACUGAGAGAGUUGGUAGGAAUAUAUUAAGAUUCUUUUGUGUAUAGGUGAAACCAGACUUUUUGCUUUGGAAGUUGGCACAUAAAGGGAAAAAAUUAAGCAGGUGUUCUAUUCAGAAAAUGCCUGUAAUUUUGUAAAUGGUCAGAAUUUUUAUCUGUUUCCCAAACCUAAAUAUGACUCAUCAGAGGAAGCUGACAGGUUAGUCUAUCCAACACUAAAUUGUUCAAUUUGUAAAUGGUUUGCCAGUUAACGAAUAUUGUUUUAUUCCCUUUGCUCUUCACACAUUUGAUAACUUGUAAAUCUGUUGCCCUGCUUACAGUUUAGUGGAUGUAGUUUAAUACCAUAAGAUAGGCUGGUUGGCCCAUUGAGCCUGCUCCACCAUUCAGGUGGGUUACCGAAAUUGUAUAUGGUAGGAAAAAUAAUGGGAUCAGAGAAAGAAAUGUUUCAUGAAAUAUUUUAAAACUGCCAAAUCAGUUUUUAUUCAAAAUAAAAAUAAUGAUACCAGUAAGAUAGAAAGCUAAUCAUUCAAUAAUAGCUGAAUGGAAGAACGUGUGGAUUCAGAAACAGGCUCACUCCAUACUUACUCUUCAUACGUCUUUCCCUCAAGUUUUUUUGCAAUGAUUUCCUACAGUCAAUAGUUACUUCCCUUUUCACAACUUCUGUACUAGAAAUGAUCAGGUAGAAUGUAGUUUGAUAGUUAGCCAUUGAUUCCAUUUUUUCAACCAUUACUGAUCAAACUUUUUAUGUGCUUCAGUUAGUUUGUAAGCUGAUGUCAAGGCGAUCUGUCCACAGUCCAGUCAGCAAACAUCUCCCAAGUAGUUUUAACUGUCGAUUGUAUCCAUAAAUACAUAAACAAUUAAAGUUUGCUUGCAGAAAUUUUUUUUUAUUAUAUAUUGUUUCAAAGGCAUUGUUUCCCUACUUUAUUCAUUACGAAGGUUUGGAGCAUUCCCAGCUAACUUUUCUUCAGCUUAUUCCCCAGUGCUUCUGUGCUUUCCCAAUGGUUUUAUGAAAGUUAUAAAUUAAAUGCUUUUAUAGCUUAAUUAGUUAUUUUUUCCAUCCUGAUACUGAUUCUGUUUAUGUUACUUCAUAUGCUUCUAUUUAGUCAUGAUACUAUAAUCUGAUAUUUUUGUCCACAUACAAUUGAUGGAAAUCAUUCUGAGGAAUCAUGAUUUUUUUUUUAAAAACACUGGCUGCACAUUUGUACUUGAUAUGUGAUGAUAUUGUAGUUCUUCUUUCAUAAUUUCAAAUAUGAAAAGUAAUCUAAAGAUGAUGCUUGUCACAGAUCAAUGUGGUCUGCAUGUGCUAAUACUACGUGAAACCAAAUCGUAAGUAAAAAUUAUGCUAUGAGAUUAUGCACAUUCUCUACAAAGCUAAUAAGCCAGCUAUCUAUAAUACCAUAAGGCAUCCGUUAGUCUUGCGAGACCAUGGAUCUAUGCCUGGAAAGUUUUCACUCUCCAGGGCACAAACCUGGGCAAGGUUGUAUGGAAGACUGGCAGUCGCCCAUGCUGCAAGUCUCCCCUCUCCACGACACCGAUGUUGUCCAAGGGAAGGGCAAGGGCCGAUACAGCUUGGCACCAGUGUCGCUGCAGAGCACUCUGUAGUUAAGUGCCAUGCUUAAGGACACAACACGCUGCCUCGGCUGGGGUGGGAACUCACAACCUUCAGAUCGCUAGUCGAAUGCCUUAACCACUUGGCCACUUGCCCACACUAUAAAACCACAAGACAUAGCAGAAUUAGACCAUUUUGGCCUGUUGAGUUUGCUAUGCCAUUCCAUCACUUCUGAUUCUGGAUCCCACUCAACCCCAGGCACCUGCCUUCUCGCCAUUCCCUUUGAUGCCCAGCCGAUCAGGAAGCAAUCAACUUCCGCCUUAGAUAUACGCAUGGACUUGGCCUCCAUCGCAGUCUCUGGCAGAGCAUUCCACAGAUUUCCUAUUCUCUGGCUUAAAAAAAAUCCCUUCUGCCUUCUAGUUCUGGAUACCCCCACCAUAGGAAACAUCCACCUUAUUGUAGGUUUCAAUGAGAUCCCCCGCAUUCUUCUGAAUUCCAGUAAAUACAGGCCCAAAGUUGCCAAAUGCUGCUGAUAUCCCGUCAUUCCAGGAAUCACCCUUGUGAACCUCCUCUGGACUCUCCAACGACAUCACUUCCUUUCUGAGAUAUGGGGCCCAAAACUAUUGACAGUACUCCAAGUGUGGCCUGACUAGUGUCUUAUAAAGCCUCAGCAUUAUCUCCUUGCUUUUAUAUUCUAUUCUUUUUGAAAUAAAUGGCUACUUUGCAUUUGCUGCCUUUACUGCAGACUCAACCUGUAAAUUAACCUUUUGGGAGUCUUGCACGAGGACUCCUAAGUCCCUCUGCACCUCUGAUGUUUGAAACUUCUCCCCAUUCACACAAUAGUCUGCACUAUUGUUCCUUUUGCCAAAAUGUAUUACUGUACAUUUCCUGACACUAUUCCAUCUGCCACUUUUUUUGCCCGUUCCUUGUCCCACUGCAAUCGCAUUGCUUCCUCAGCACUGCCCACCCUUUCACCUAUCUUUGCGUCAUCUGCAAACUUCACCACAAAGCCAUCAAUUCCAUUUUCUAAAUUAUUGACAAACAGUGUGAAAAGUAGCUGCCUCAAUACUGACCCCCCCGAAGAACACCACUAGUUACCAGCAGCCAACCAGAAAAGGCCAUUUUAUUCCUUCUCACUGCUUCCUGCCUGUCAGCCAUUCUGUAAUCUAUGCCAGCAUCUUUCCUGUAAUACACUGGAAGCAGCCUUGUGUGGUACCUUAUCAAACACCUUCUGAAAGUCCAAGUUAAUGACAUCCUCCGUCUCUCCUUUGUCCACCCUACUUGUUACUACUUGAAGAACGCUUAACAGAUUUAUCAUCAAGAUUUCUCUUUACAGAAUCCAUGCUGAGUUUGACUUAUUUUAUCAUUAGUGUCCCAAGUACCCUGAAACCUCAUCCGUACCUCAGUCCAACACUGAGAUUAGUCUAACUGGCCUAUAAUUUCCAUUCUUUUGCCUUCCUCCCUUAAUGAGUGGAGUGACAUUUGCAAUCUUCCAGUCCUCUGGGACAAUGACAGAAUCAAGUGAUUCUAGAAAGAUCACGACCAAUGCAUCCAUUAUCUCUUCAGCUACCUCUCUCAGGGCUCUGGGAUGUAGUCCAUCUGGUCCAGGGACUCACCCACCUUUGAGUUUGCCUAGCACGUUUUCCUUUGUUAAUAGCAAUGACACUCACUCCUGCUCCCUGGGUACUCAUGGACCUCUGGCAUGUUGUUAGUGUCUUCCACAGUGAAAAUAGAUGCAAAGUACCCAUUAAGUUAUCUGCCAUUUCUUUGUCCCCCAUUACUGCCUCACCAGCAUAAUUUUCCAGUGGUUAAUAUCAACUCUAAGCUCCCUUUUAAUCUUUGUAUAACUGACAAAUUUUUCAGUGUUCUGUUUUAUAUUAUUGGUGAGUCUGUCCUCGUGUUUCAUUAUUUCCCUUUUUGUGGCUUUUUAGUUGCCAUUUGUUGAAUUUUAAGAGCUUCCCAGUCAUCCAACUUUUGCUGCCUUAUAUGCCUAACUUUGCUCACCAACUUUAAUUUUUAAUUCUAGUAACAUUUCCAGACUUGAGCUGGGUUGUUUCUGGAAAAAAGUUAUACUGUGAUGUCUGUGGUGCUUGCAUUCAUUCAUGGUAUCUGUGAACACCAUCAGGUAUUUGUCUCCACCUUCCAUUAAUCAUGUUUGCCGCAUGCAAAUUUUGUUUCUGGAUAUAGGAAUGGAUUUUUCUAAUGCUACUUCAGAAUGUCUGUUUUUCUUUAGAUACUUAGAUUCUUUAUGGAUCUGUUCAUUUUUCAUUAAUACACUUGUGUUAUGGAUUGUAGCAUAUCUACUGUUACAGGAGUUUGUCCGUAAUCAUUAUGCAUGUCAGCUGAUGUGAAGAAGCGAUUGUGUAUCGCCAGCAACUUGUGAUUUUUAAAAAAAAUUGGCUUACCCAUGAAUUCCUGGGUUAAAGGUAAUGUAUACGUUCAGAUCAGGGUAUGCAUCUGUGAUACUUGCUCUGAUCAGAUUUUUAAUCUAUUGACAAGGGAAAUAAUUACUUUAUACUCCCAAGAAAUUGAGUAGAACAAAUUGGGGGAGAGUCUGCAAAUGUCCACAGCACAUUUCCACUGCGAACAAAUGCAGUAAACAAAAAGGCCAAGUUCAAUGAGAAAUGGAAUCUGAACAAAUAAUGACUGCAAUGAAACUGUUGAGAAGUAGGGAGUGUUAAAGUGUGUUUGACUAUGAGUAGCUGCCUUCAUGGUGAAAGUUUUAUUAGCACAAUUAGAGAUUAAAACUGGAAUUGAAAGAAUCGUAAACUGGUUUAAAUGUGUGGAAAAGAGAAGUGAGAAAUGAAAUUAAACUGCUAAAUGAGAACCAAAUCUACACAAAUAUUCAGGAAUUUUUCGUACUUAAAAGACAGCUGAAAUUAAUCAAGUUGUCUGUUAGCAGCAUAGUGGAGAUAUAUUUUUGCACUAGGUAGUGAAGUUAUCAAUACUGGAUAAACAACACCUGAAAAAGAUUGCUUUGGAAGUGCUUUUUAAUUUGGUGAGAGAUGCUUUCAAAACAAAAAACACAAGUAGGUCGGAACAUCUUGGGCAAGAACAAAAAUGAAAAUGUGACUAAACUGUUUAUUUGCUUCAUUGAAAAUUGGGUUUGAUACUUGGUGAAAAAUGUCAUGGAGAUAAUUAGAUAGAUCCCUGAGCUCCAGUACUCAGGUUUAACAAUGCAAUUGUCUGGCAUUCCAUGCCAGUGUAUUCUAUUUGACUAUCCAAACAAAAACAUCUGUAAAAUCCAGAAUAUAUGUAACAUUAAGUUCCUAGUAGUUAUACCUCUAACCGUGUUGUUCCUCAGAAAAUAAGAGUUAUUUUCACCUUUACCUUAGUGUUUCUUGUCAUGAGUCUUUUUCUUCUGCACUUAAUUUAUUCAGGCUAAAUUUGUUUAUUUCAGUGGUUUAAUCAGGGAAAAGAAGGAAACAUAUGUCAAGUGUUGGAAGCAACAGGAAUUCUGCAGAUGCUGGAAAUAGUUGGUAUUGAUCAAAUCACUUGAAAUUCAUGGGGGUAAAGGAGAAAACUCAAGAAAUUACUUGGUGAGUGGGAUUUAGCAGAUUCCGAAAACAUUAAGUGGAUUAGAAACAAGUGAUGGCUAAGGAAGUAAAAAGUCCUUGGGGAUCAGGAGGUAAUUUAUACAUAGAAAUUAGGAACCUGAGUGAGCUACUAAAUGAAUACUUCUCAUUACGUGAAGGCUAAAGGGAAAAGGCAAGGGUACAGUAAUAUUCAUCAGCCCAUAGCUAUCAGCAAGGAAGAAAUACUAGAAAUAACGAAGCAGAUUAGGGUGGAUAAUCCCCACAGCUUCAUGGAUUUGUCGCAGGAUGCAACAGGAAGCAAGAGAGGAGUUUACUGGGGCUCUAGGGACUUGUACCACUGACAGUCAUGGGUGAAGUGUCUGAAGACUCGAUAGCUAAUGUUUUCUUAUUCAAAAAUGGCAGUCGGGAUGAGCGUUGAAACUAUAGGUUGGUGGCCCAUCCACCGGUGAUAGGGAAAUUGUUGAAGGUUCUAAGAGACAGGAUUUAUGUUGACUUAAAAAGGCAGUGAAGGAUUAAAAGUUGGUUUUGUGCUGCAAAGAUCAUUGGGGAUCUUUUUUUGAUAAGGCAGAGUGAACAUGGCUUACAUGGACUAAUCACUUUUGACAAUGUCCUGAAUUGUAAGCUGGUUCAGAAAAAUUGAGGCAAACUGAAUCCAAAGUUGACUUGCUUUUAAGAGGCAGAUGGUAGUGUUGGGAGGGUUGUUUUUUGACUGGAAAUAUGUAACAAUUUGUCUACUACCGUGACCUGUGCUGAGACAUUUGUAAUGUAUACAGAUAUUUGUAGGUGGUCUAGUUAGGAAAUAUGAAAUUGAUAUUCUUAGAUAAGAUGGAACAGCUGGACAGUUGGGAGGACCAAUGGCAGCUAAUGUUUUACACAGAUGAGUUAAUGCACUUUUGGGAUCUUGGGUAGGACAUAUAAAGUAAAUGGCAUUGCUCCCUGUAACCGGUAACAGGGGUUGAUAGGGUAGGAAAAAUGCUUGAAUUUGGAGGUUAAGGCAUUGAGUGUAAGAGUUGAGACCUCAUUGUCGUCGUAGAAAACACUGCUUAGACUGCAUUUGGAGUAAUGUGUACAGUAAUGCCCACGGGAAGGAUUUAGUGGCAAUAGGGAAAGUGCAGAAGAAAUUAACCAAGGUGUUGCCUGGAAUGAAGGCUGUAAAAUCGAGAGGUUGGAUAGGUUGGGUGUAUCCUGACUGGAGCAUAAGGAGAUAUGGUUUGAUGGAAGUUUUUAUUGAGGGGCGAGACAGUAUAGAUGGUUAGAAUCAUCUGAGGGCAGGAGAAUUGAAAACAGUACGGCACAGGUUAAGAAAAUUGAAUUGUAGGAUAUCUGAGUAGGUUUUCCAUAAGAGGAUGGUGAAUAUUUAGUUUGAACUGCUAGAUGAGGUAGUGGGGCAGAUAUAAUUAUGUUUGAAAGUUGUCAAUAUUUUGGCAAGUUGUUGACUGAUAGGUCUAAUGCAGGUAAGUGGGCUAAGCUUAAAUGGGCAUCACGGAUGACAUGGAUGAGGUGGGCCUACAGGACCGUUUUCUGUAUGGUACAUUCCUGCGAUUCUUUGGAAAUCGGUUCAACUUUCCACUUCUUUGACCAGUUGUACAACUCUCAGUUGGUUUUGCAGUUUGCAAAACACUACCUAAUGAAUUAUUGUGUGGAGGACUGUUUUCUUCAUUCUUUCUGAUUUCCUACUUUAGAUUCCAGACUGAUGUUCACCCCACUGGUCGUGAAGCGUUUAUGACUUGGGAAGAUUCAUAAUUGGUAUAAUCUGAAUACUGCUUCUGUGUCAAGUUUUUGUUGCAAUUUUAAAAUGUGUUGGGGAGAAUGUGUUUAACCAGAAAAUUUCAGUUUGAAGAAAACAGCUUCAAGAAAAUGGCAAUUAAGCAAAAGAAGUUUACAGAUAUGUAUGUAGUUUUCAUUCAAAAUACUGCAUGUUUAUUCAAUGACCAAGGUUUAAUGGAUUUUUUUUUGGGAAGAAGUUAGAAAAAUAAACUGAUUUUUGUUUAUACAGCCAAAUAUGAUUUCUCUUUAUUUGUAAUUUAUUUGCCUUUUUUUCCUACCUCUAGUUUACCAUGUAUGCCAGACUAAAUUUGAUCUGACUGAAUUGCCAGUUUUCAGAUGCUGGAUAAAUUGCUAAACCUUGGAAGCCACUGUAGACAGUGGAAAAUUAUCCCUGUCAUCAAGUACUCCAGAACGGUCUCGGCUGAAAUGAAAUUGUAAAUAAAUUAAACGUGAAUAGUCCUUGUUUAUCUUAUUGUCAACUUUAUCAAACAACUUGAAUCUCCAAAAGAAAGUUCAGAUUGAUAGAGAAAUAAAAUUCAUAUAAAAAUAAAUAAAAUUUAAAAAUUGAGCAUGCAGAUUUACAAACACUAAAAUCCGACAGAACCAAUUGAAAGAGUUUGAUAAAAUACUUGAAAUGCAACAAAACUUAACAUAUUGAAUUUGCUAUAACUUGCUGACGAGUCCCUUUUGCAGGAAUGUAAACUUGUAUGCUUUUGGAAGAAUAUUAGACACCACAUUUUUAAGCAAUCUAUAUGGGGGUGGGGACUUAAUCUGCCCACUGAUUCUGCAGUCUACUGCCUGCACAUGGCUGUAUAUUGAUUUUCUUGGAUCUCAGAAUUUUCAUGCAGGAUUAUUUCAACUGUUUUGAUAUGCUGAUGUUCCUGUUUCUGGUGGAACAACUUCCAAAAACAACUAAUUUCAGCAUAUUUUCUUUUUGCAGAUUGAGUGUUGAGUACACUUCAGAAAUGAUUGCUAAUGGAAAGGAAUGGAGUUUUUGCAUUUAUUCGUUAAGUUAUAAAGAGCCAUAACUAAACCAUUUGUGAAUCCACUGAGGCAUCUAUAUUUUUGCACUGUAUAAAAAGAUUUACUUUGAGAUCAUCAAUUUUUCAGAGGUUUAUGUUACUAGCACGCAACAAGCACAUGCUUAAUGUAAGGCUGUCAGCUGUGUUUGGUCCUCGUUUGAAAUUUUGUAGUUUUGUUAAGUUUUUCCUUAAUUUAUACUUAAUGUUAUUUUGUCGAACAUUUGUUAUUAAUUGUAGUCAUUUUUCUUUUGUCAACUCUAAUGCCUGUAAGUGCAAGGGUUAUUGGUUGAAACUCACUGCAAACACAAGCAUUAAAGAUAUUCCAGUGCAGCAUAAUCACUAUACUGUACUGUCAAAAACUAAGGCUAUAAUGCAGUGCUGAAAGUACCAUGUUUUGGUUGAGAUAUUAAAUUCAACAAUUACUGAAUUUAAAAAGUAAAUUUACAAGAGUUGCCCCCUUUGUCACCAAACCAGUUUAUAAUUAUCAUUAUCACUUUGCUAUUAAUGAGAUGUUUGUUCAAAUUUCUUAAGGAAUACUGAAUGCAUGCCACUUUUAAGUGCUCUGUGGUCGUAGAACAUGAAAGGUACUGCAGGCCGUCUCUGGGUUAUGAAUGGAUUCCAUUUUUAUGUCUGUGGGUUGAUUUUGCUCAUAGUCAGAAAAUAAUGCAAAAUCACUCUGCUCACCAUAGCUCUAUAUUAUUAUAAUGAAUGAUAUUGUUGAGGGCUAGUUAUCAUGAACUUCUAUUUUCUACCCCUGCCUCAUUGCAGUUGUACAGAAUCAGUAUUUUCCCAGUUUCACAGCCGCUUCUGAGGGGCUUUAAGCUUCUGUGGAUUUCACAUUGUUUGAGUAUCAUUGCACAAGUACUACUAAAAACAAUUGCUUGUCAAUUUCCAGACCAGCUCUCAAAUGUACCAUGGUGAAACUAGCAGCCUGUAUUCUUGAGGCAAUGAUCUCUGAUUACUGCAGAUAGGUUACAUGUAAACAGACUUUUUUAAGACUUGCGUUUGUUUGGUUCUAAUUUGAAUUUAUUGUUUAUAGGUGCUUGCUCGCAUGUACCAGUAUCCGUAAGUCAGGUGUGUGUAAUCAGGGAGAGAAUUUAUAUAAAUAUGUCUCAUGUAUACUUGAGUAUCUUCUUAAACUAUUUGGCAUCUCCUUCAGUUUUUUUUAGACAGUCCCUUAGGCCCAAGAAUCUGCUCUGACCAUCAGGCAGCUACUUACACCAGUCACAAUUUUUAAUUUUCCCCAUUUUCUACGUAACUGCUCUGAUUCUACCUCUGUACACAAGGGGCAAUUAGCAGUGUCAACUCAUAUCUCUGGGAAGGAACCAGAGGAAUUUGUAAAUUGCACGCAAAACUGGAGAUCAGGAUUGAAGAUGUGAUGCAGCAGUUCUGCUAGUUGCACCAUUAUAUUUGUAUUCUUCAUUUCCAUUGUGCAUGUCUAACAUUUGGUUUUAUAAGUGCCAAGAUCAUGUUAUUGUACACACAUGGUCAGCAGGGUUCUGGGUAUUCAGUAAUUUCUCUACUUCACAUUGUUGCCUUUUGGAAACCUUUUGCAAGUUGUAAAUAAUGAAGCAAAAAGCUACUACCAUUUCUCUGCCCCUUUUAUGAAUGUUGGUUUUUGACCCGUAAGUGGAAUAUAUUUAAAAAUUAAUAUUCUAGUGAGCAAUGGAGUGAUGGCAUUCAACAAUAUAAAACAAUAAAACUGGUUUUCCACUCUCAGUUUCGUACACCGGUUUGUUCUUGGAGCUUGAGGACUGCUUUAUUAUUAGGUGUAAGUGGUGAACAUGUUCUUCCUGUUUAUAAUCUAUAAUAAUUGCAAAACUAUUUUGCAUAUUUUAGUUUUCAUUUAAAAAAGGAACAUUUUAGUAUAUUAAGCUGUGUGCAAUUAUGCACAAAUGUAAUGAGCAGUGUAUCAGCUAGCAUUUGGUAAGAGAAGUUAACAUUUCAGAAUGAUUAAUUUGGCAAAAGCUGCUCAAAGUUAAAUCAAUAUGAAUUUUUGACAUUUUUUCUUUCUCCACAGAUACUGCCUGGCUUUGCAUUUCUAUUUUUACUUAAGUUUAAUAUUUUGGUUUCUUUUAGAGUAUUUGGUAUGUAUUAUUGAGUACUAGUACUAAACUGAAGUGUUGACAUUCCAGAGUUUAUUCUCAUAGUUGGUAGACUUUAUCCAUCCUAUACUUUAAACAAUAAAUAUAACUCAAAUUUCCUGUUUGUAACAGAUUAUCAUAAUUCUUAAUACUAGUGAAGACAGAUGGAAUUAUGAAUUCAUCCAAGUGUCAAUUUCAAACUUUAAUCUGCAAGCCGUGAGUGUCCAUAGCCCCACUCUGAAUUUUGUGCUGUUUACUCAGCUGGGUACUUCCAUCAUAUGGUUGACUGUUCAGCACAUGAGACCCACCCUGAGUUUGGGACUAACUGCUGGCUCAUUGGAAAAUACUAAAUCACGGAAUGUGUAAGGUUGUUAUUGUUAAUGCACAAAUCUUUCUGCUCUUUUCUUGUUCAAAGAAAAAGUGAAUCAUAAUGCUUUUACAACAAUAUUUUUCCGAUUUUUAAAAAUAGCAUUAUCAGCCUUAUGACGAUGUCUUGUCAUAGGAUAUGGAAAAGUACGUUGUGAAAGACAAAAGCAUAAUCUUGUACAGAACAUAUUGAUCAGUGAAUUUCCUGGCUGCCAGUGGAAGUGGCUAGAGGUAAACCAGAGUAUAUGCGUCUAAAGAAAAUGGCAAUAUUUUCUGUUUGUGUUGACAGUGUGUUUCACAAUAAAUAGAAGUUUUAAGCAAAUAGUAAAGUGUUUAACUGUACUGAACACAGCAAUGAAUUCAAAAACUUCCAUAUUUCAUUUCUGCAAUGCAAACUUUUCAUCUUUAAAAGUUCAUUGUAAAUACCAUCAGUUUGCAAUUGUCUUUCUAUGUCUUAAACUAGGGUCCUGAGUGUUCUCGUCGGUUAUAAAUAUUACUUGACGAAAAGUAUACCAUUCUAAAUCUGUUCAAAAAUUUGUAUUUCACUGUAAAUGUAUCUUGGAUGGAGACAGAGUUUCAAACUUGUAGAAGGUGCUAGCUGAUAUAGAUGGAAUCCCUUUUUCCUUCCACUGUACAUGAGUUCUUUUGGAGUUAUUUUGUCUUCAUGUAUACUGUGUGUAAUUGGCUUUAACUGACUUUAGUCUUUAUGUUACAUAUUGCUUAUAGUACAUCCUGUGACCUGUAUGUCUUGUUAUUGAGGCCUGCUUGUGAAGAUUCUUGUCUUGCAUACUGCACUUUCCACUUAAGGGUAGAACUGUAUAUUAAAUGCUCUCUGUCCUGCUUAUUGCACUUGGCUUUCACCUGUGCAUAACAAUGUUUAUUCUGGAUUCUUUCUAAAAUAUUAGCAUACACGUUUAAGUUAAUUUUACCAUUCUUUUUAAUUGGUCUGGGUUGUUAUCAGUAUGUCAUUUGAUUCUGAGUUGAGUAAUGAAUGUGCAAUCUUGGGUUUGAGCUUUUGUGAAUUUGAUUCACUAUGGUUUGGUCACUCAUAUUUUCUUCCUGAUACUUCCCCCAACUGUUCUCUUCCAUUUAGAACCUCCUUUAAAAAAAAAGGUGCUUUUGCCCAUCUAUUGUCUCAUUCUUUGGAGUCUAUUUAUUUUGGCAAGCUAUCUGUGAUGUAUGGUUACUUUUAUAAAACUUUUGAAAUGUGAAUAAAUUUUUAAUAUUUGCUAUUUUAAUCUUUGGCGUACAUUUGCGCCAUUAAGUCCUUCACCAUUUGUUUUUCUCAUUUCUAUUAGUUUAUUUUCUGGUUAUUUGUAUGUGGUUUACAGUUAGAAGAGGAGAAGCUCGUUCCUUACUGCAGCUGGCAGAAGAUGGAAUUUGUAAUGGUUGGUAAUUAAGACUAGGUACAAAAUGUAUUAAAUUCAUUUCAAGACUCUUAGCAAGGUGAGUUUUCAUUACAUGACUACAUUUUUAGCAUUGAGAUAUUCUGAUACUCCAUUAUUUCAAUAGUGUUUUUGUAACUGAUUUUUCUUUUGCUACUGAAUUAUUAAUUGACUUCAAUCUGUCUUGGCCCAAAUCUCGCUUUUCUGCAUUCCACACAACAUUGUAUUUUUUCUCCAGUUACUCAGCUUGAAUGCUUUCUAAUUCAGUACUGAGGUGGUGCAUGUUCAUGGAAGCUAUUAAUACUGAAGUGCUGUGUAAUGACAAAACAAAGUAAAUCCACGUUCCAGGAAUAUUUUUGUUUUUGCAAUGUAACUUGUUAUUUCAGGCCUUGAAUGAGAAGCAAAAUGGAAAAAGCAAAGAAAAUGAAGGGAUAAUGGGAUGUUUUGCAUCUGAAACAUCAAUAUUCCAAAAAUUUAUUUUGCUUAAUGCUCUAAUCUCUAACAAGUACUAAAACAACUUUAAAUGUUUUUUUGCAACUUAUUUGGAUUUUUUUUUGCCUUCACAACACUAAGUCAUUGGACAGGCAACAAAAGUAGCAAAAUUUUUGCAAGAAUUUCAUUAUAUAUAAAAAUAUUGCAAAAAUACUUGUAUUCCAUCCAUGAUUUGAUAGCUUGAAGAGUAAAGUGAAUUUGUGCGUUACUGUGUUCAUGUACCUGAUUGUCAGAUUUCAUGACAAGUCAGGGCAAGAAAGAACUUGACUUGUUAAUGGGCUGUUGCCUCUUUUUCUUAAUUGGGCCUGAAACCGAGUGGUUUGCUAAGUCAUUUUAAACUAGAGGCAGAUGAAGACAAUUGAAUUUGUUGUGUCUCAAGUUGCAUACAAAUCUGACAAGGUGAGGAAAGCGAAUUUUCUUCUCUUAAGUACAUUGACUAACCAGAUUGUUAUUAACAACAAUAACGCUUGACUGGUUUUGUGGUUAACAAAAUGAUACUUCUUUAAAAUUUCAGAUUUUCUGAAAUUCUCCCAUUGUGGGGCUCAAACAUUUGUGAAUCACUAAUCCAGUUAUGUGCCAACCAAAUCUUAAAAACAAUAUAAACAGAAAGGAGAUGGCAGUUAUUUGAAUUGUAAUAUAUUCAGGAAAUUACAAAGAAAAUGGGAUUGAAUUCUCGUAGAAAAGGUCUGUGGUGUUGUAAGCAUUUUCUACUAGUUCCCUCCCAUUCCCUCUGUAACAUGGUUUGUAGUUUUAAAUUUACACAAAGAAUAAGAAAAAAAAUAAUGAUUUUACUUGCAUUUAAAAUGAAUGACCUACAUAAAAGUGCAGCUUACGUACUUCCCUGUAAACUUUACUCUGUAGACAUGCUCUCUUGUAUAAAAAUUUUAUGUUGCAUCUUUAAACAGCAAAGAUGAGUAUUUUGCACUUCAGAUAGAAACUUUAUUUUGCCCUUUUAUCUUUGCAAUGUGCACUUCUGAUCAAGAGAUCAUUUUCCCUUUGUUCUGAUGUUUUAAAACAAAUGGUUACACUGAGGUAUAUAAAAUGAAAAUUACAUUACAUAGAUGCAAUAUACAUUAAUACUAGAAUCCCUGAGUGAUAAUUAUGAAAUAAAAAGUGCUUUAAUUCUGUUAAAAGUAUUUUUCAUUCAGAUUAGCCACCAAUUGUUAAAAGUCCUUUGAUCUUAAUGGAAAUGAUUGUGAUACAUAAUUUUUGGGGAAAUCAAGGUUAUUUUAGUGAAAUGAACCUACUGUUGUUACACCAGAAUAUAUUUUUUAAAAGUCACUCAUGAACGGUUGGAUUUCUUUGGGGCUUCUAUUCAUCAUUUUCUUCCAUUUCUUUUUUUUGUUUCACCUCCCACAUUCGAUGUAUUGCUUAUUUUUCUUCUGCUAAAAUAAGACCCUUAUUUAUCCAUUCAAGAAUGAAUCAAAUAUUUGAAUUGUCUUUUAUUUUCAAAGAGGAGUGCUCAGAACUGGUUUUGAUGAAGGAUAGCUAAAGCAGCUCAAUCACUUGAAUUGAUAUGAAAUCAAAUUUGAGCUUUUACUUAAGAAGAUAUGACAAGUUGAUAUGGGGACAACAUUUUUGGUUAUUGUGCUUGAACUGUUUGUAUUUUAAGUGGAGAGUAUGGAAUUUGGUUGUUGAAUUCUAUUUUUUUGCUAAUAGUCUUCAACCAAUUGAGUUUCUUCGCAUUGUAUUAUGGAAACAAAUUAUUUCCUUGUUCAAUUUUUCCCCCCACUUUCCUCUUUGUUUCUCUUAUGCAGUCACCCCAACAUGGACUCAUACUUUCAGAGAUCAUAUGUUUGGAAUCCUUGAAUUCCUUCACUCUCAGUUUUGCAAAAUCAGAUUUGUAGCCUAAUGGCAUUCUAAUCAAUAAGAAUAAGUAAAUUAGUCACUAAUAAACAAUUUGUCUAAAUCUGUCAAAAUAUUCCAUGUUCAACACCCUGUCAAUCCUGAGCAGUUCCAAUAAUUUCCAGAUUGUAUUUGUUGCAUAUCAUCUUGCUGAUGUACCAAAGUUCAAUCUAAUCUCAAUAGCUUUUGAAACAUCCAUUCCCAGUCUUCAUGGCUUAUCACCGUCAUACUGAUAAUGAUUGUUUGUCUGUGGCUGAGUUUCAGUCCCGAUAAGUGCUGCCUGCAGUGCUAAACCUCCUCUUGGUCCAUCUGUCAUCAUUAAUGAGAAGUAGCUGCAAGUAUUAUACUAGUGCUUGAGCAACGGCUGCUAUUCUGCUACUGCAGCAGAAUUGGGCCAUAUGAUUUUUUUGGUGUUGUAAGUAGUAGAAAGUAAUUCAUUUUUAGAGCAAUAUUAAACAUAUGCUUUAGUAUUUGAGUUUCUGACUUUUGGAGUAGAUGUUAAAGCAAAGUGUCUCAGUUGGGUAUCAAAGAUCCCUUAAUGUGUUGAUCAAUAUUUACAGUAUCCUUUAUGCUUUCUCUAUUGUCCCUGCCAGACACUGAAUUGUGGUAAAAAUCCAAUUAAUUACAAUUGCAGCCGCAUAAUGUGCUAAUCUGUUUUACUGUAUCCUGCCUUUAAAAAUAAAAUUAAAGGAUUAGGUAAUGAUUAGCACCAGACAUUUGUGAUAUUCUCCCUUUUGAUUAAGGUGUUAAAUUAAUUGAUGUCUAUUUGUAAAAGAUCGAUGAUAGAACCGAAACAAUUUUUCUGAAUAUUUUGGCCCAUAUUUGUCAUUACAUAAAAACAGAUUUGAUUUAUCUUGCUCAUCAUGGCACAUUACUGGUCCAAUUCAGCUACUUCCUUAUUUGCCAUUCUCGCAAUAACUAUGAAAAUAAUGAGCUGACAAACGUUCUGGGCAAUCCUGGUGCACAAGAGGCAUUCUAAACCUUUGGUUCUGAUUAUUUCAUGCUCCUGGGAAGCCGGGAUAAAAUGGAGAUUGGUAUUAUGUGACAGAAAUAAAGUUGAACUAGUUAAAAUACCAUGUAAUUAAAAAAAUCAUUCAUACCAUGUUACUGUGGUAUAUCACAUAACACCUGUAGAGCAGCAUAAUUUUGAGCUGCAUUUAAUUAUUUUUUGUACUUUUAAUUAUGUUUAUUUAAAGCAUUUUUUGGGUGCUGAUUUCUUGUAUGUGCAUUCAACUCGACCAUAUUUUUUAGAAAAUGUGAAGUAUGUAGGGCAUAUGGAAUUUAAAAUUCAAAUAAACGAAUUUUGGGAGUCUCACGAUAACUUGACUGAUUUUUUUUUGUUCAGCUGAUGUAACUAAUGUUGGAUGGCUUGGGUGGAAACUGUUAAGAGUUCAUAGUUUAAGGUAGGAAUGAAUAUGUGUCCGGUUUCAGGAUUUGCUAUUAAUACCACUUUAAUUGAUUGGCCUGUGCUGAAUAAUCAGAGGAUGAAAUCACAGGGAGCAAGGAACACUGCUAUGCCAUGCUGUAAAUUUUAUUUGCUUAUAAGUUGAAGAUUACCCUGCAAGUUAAGGCAAAGGAGGCAUAGUCUGUUUUACACAAAAGUUGAAGAUUUACAAUUACAGUGUAAAGGAAGCAGAAGGUGAUAACGAGUCAUCUGAUUUCUGUUAUAGUUAUUUAGCGUUAUUUAACUGUGAGAGUGAAUGAAUGCAUCUUAGUUUAGUGAAAGAAUAAUACAUUGCACAUUACUGUCCUUGAAAAUUUCAUGAUAGUGUAUUAUCUGUAACCAUGUAAUUGCAGACUUGUUGAUACAGGAAGAAUACCAUACUAUAAUUCUUGUUUCCAUUAUAUUUAUUAUGUUGCAAUAUGUAUUGAUUGAGGUUUUUUUUAAAGUAGGGAGAUAGUAAUUUUAAAUUCUUUCAAAAGUAGUCAUAUUUCAUGAGUGGGGUUGUCUGCACUUGCAGCCUUUUCACCAAAUUUAACUAUUCUGGAUUUGCGUAGCCUAUCACACUGCCACAGAUCAUCCCUGAGCCAAAUGGUAAGGUGCUUAGUUGCAGUAGGCUGUGUAGGUUCUGAUGGUGAAGAUGGAUGAAUAUAAAACUCAAGCCUGACUGUAAAACUCAAAUGAAAAUAUUCAACUGACCAUAAAGCCCUGUCCCACUUUUGCUAUUUAUCAAACAUGUACAUCGAAAAUAUGACAUUCCUUAUUCUUCCCUUUCAUCUCCACAGCCCUAUGAUCCCUGUUCAGAUGAAUGGAGACGAGUUCUAACUAAGAAUGCAUUUGCCAUUGUAAGUACUGGAGAAUCUUUGGAAGUUCUUGCUUCUCCAAUGGACUUAAUGAGUAGUCCAUUGACAGACUACAGCCAGGACAUUGAUAGCAGAGCUUGACCAGAAAGUCUGAGACCUGUUCUAACGUGUGUGUGACCUAUAAUAUACCAGCACAUAUGCCAAACUAUUAGCAUAAUCUGUACCAAUAACACUACAAUGUAUAGUACCUUAAAUUAUUUGGCCCCCACAACUAUUUUCACAUUUUACUGUCUUAUUUCCUAAAUUUAAAAUAUAUUUAAGUGUGAUUUUGUAGAUUACCUCUAAAAACUUACCACAUCAUGUCAAUUCCAAAGAAGAAUUCCAAAGCCUGCCAACAAUGUACUAAAAAUUCAAAACCAAAAACUUUCCUUGGGUAUACUGUCUAUUACCUUAUCAACUCACUCAAAUUGAUGUAGAAAAUUGAUGAUAAAGAAGCAAAAACCUAGGGACGGGUAGAAGACCAUUUCAAAGGCACUGAAAAUACCUCAAAGCACAGUGCAGUUCAUCAUGGAAAAAGUGGGGAAAAAUGCGAAGCUACAGCCACACUGCUUUAGGCCAUGGAAGAAUGGCAGUUGUAAGAGAGGCUACUGUCACACCAAUAUUUACUGAGUGUCCUGCAGAAGUUGGUGGCUGCAACUGAAGAUGAGCUUCAGGCUACCCAAUAAGGCCUUGUACAAAAAGGGCAUUCAUGGAAGAGUGGCAAGGAAGAAGCCCUGGCUUGAAAGUAUAUCUUUGCUUGUAAAGGCUUUUCAAAGCAUCUCUCAUAAAAUGGCGUAAGGAAGGAGCUCUUGUGGUUGGAUGACACUUUUGGCCACCAAAAGUGGACAUUUUUGGCCUCAACACUAUGUGGUGUCUGGCAUAAAUCUAAUACUGGGUAUCAGUCAAGUAACACCAUUCCUACUGUAAAGUAUGGUGGAGGUAGUAUCAGUGUAUAGGGAUGCUUUUCAGCAGCAGGGACUGGAAAUCUGGUCAGGAUUGAUGGGAAGAUAAAUACAGAGACCUUGGAUUAAAAAAAAAACUACCUCUACCAGAAAGCAAAUUCAUCUUAAAGCAGGACAACAACCCAAAACCCAGAGCAACCAUAGAGUGACUCCAAAUGAAGAAAAUUGAUGUCCUUGAGUACCCCAGAGUUCUGACCUUAACCCUAUCAAACAUUUCUGGCAAGACCUCAAGAUUUCUGUUCAUUGCCACCCUCCCCCCCCCCCCCAACUAACCUGGCACACCUUGAACAAAUUUUGCAAGGAGGAAUGGGCAAAUCCUGUUCCAUCACAUUGUGCAAAACUAAUACUUACCCAAAAAGACUUGCUGGCUGUAACAGUUGUGAGAGGUGAUUCAACCAAGUACUGAGCAAAAGGUGAUGAAUACUUCUGAACUGCCAUUUUGGUUUUUGAAUUUUUAGUUUUUCAUGCUUUACAAUGUUCCCUGCUUGUUGGCUGUACUGUUUUUUAAAAAAAGCAUGUGAUUCACAAUUUAAAAAUUUUCAGUUAAAUUGAUCAGAAUCCUUAGUUGUAAUACUUAUCAAUGAGAGCUGGGGGCUGAAUACUUUUGCAAGGCACUGUAUGUGACAGCUUCCACCAACAGCAAGUAUGGUACUAGGUUACAAACGUGGAAUGUGAAUUUCCAUAAAUUGUUUUGUAGAGCUGUGCAAUCACUUUGUUUAAUUUUUCAAUUUAAGGACGUGAACAUUUGUGAAAUUGAAUUAGAAACAUCAUUAUAGGGGAAAGGUUUAUACUCUCAAACAUUGACUCUGAAUUGUAGAUGAAAAAAUGAUUACACUUACAGUAGAAAUGGUGCAUUUAAGGAAAAUGCAACAAUUCCUUUGAAAUUCCUGUGACCAUACCAAAAAGGAAGUAUUAUUAGCAGUAUACUUAAUUCUAAUUCAAGGUAGUUAUGUUGGUAAGUAUGUGCUUUUGCUUUAGAACAAAUAUUGUAGUUCUGCCUGAUGUAGUUGAAACUAUGCACGUGAUGGCAACAGAUUGGCUAUGAAUAGAAUUCAAUUAUAGUCCGUCAAGACCAUGUGCAUAACUGGGUAUCAAAUUGUUCAAUGUUGGCAGAUUUGGAAAUUCAAGUUGUUUCUUGUGUCAUUGCUGAUAAUAAAAUAACUGUGCCCAGAAUACUCUUACAAUUCAACCACACUUUAUUUUACUUGUGCACAAGGAGACUUGCAUGACCCCUAUCUCUGCACUUCUGAACCCUGAAAAGAGAAAUGUGAUUUUUAUACAGAAUUGGCUAGCAGUAACAGAUAUUGACUAUUAUGUAAUCUCUACAUAAUGCAGGUGUUAAAAGUCAAUGGAAACUGCAAGUUGGCAACUGAUGAUGCUUCAAAGUUUAUAAGCAAUUGUCUUUUAGUUGGUGUGUAUAUCCUGGAUCGCUUAUGUUUUCUCAAAGACCCCUGGUGUGCAAAGGGAAUCUCGGCUCUUCAUAGACCUUUGUUACCUGGGCUGUCUGCAGUCUAUCCUUGCCAGGAUAUUGAUAACCCUGGAACUACAUUGGGCAACUAUAAUGAGCUGAGCGGAUUUUGGAGUCUGGCCCAGUAGUAUUAUGGUGGAAAGAGGAUAAUCACUGAGCAUCUGUGUUUGUCAAUUUCAACACAAAUGUUACUAUCUACUCGAUGUGCCGAACACCAAUUUAUAUUUUCAGUACUGAAUAUGCCAGUUUUAAUGGAAGAGAAGCUUGCCUGAAUGUCAUUGAUUGGUUGUAUCAGUAAAACUUGAUACUUUCUGGUUUAAGAUUGACCACCGGCCUCACCAGUCUUAUCACUGCUAAUCUGUCAUCUGGAGUAGCAGCAGGUAUUCUAAGUGAUUGCAGGCAGUUUUGAGAGUUGAUAGAUAUUUGGAACUAGUCCAGAUUUUUUUUUUGUUUUGGUGGUUUGAGGGUAAACAGAAUUGAGAUGUCUCUUGGGAGUACGUGGUCCUUGAUUCCUGCAAGUUUUUCUUAUUUACUUCUAGUUGGGUACUGCAGCUACAUGACGUGGGCACAUUAUUUUCACUGAACCAUCUUUAUUUUACCUGAGUUUAAAAACUUCAAGCUAGUUCAGUGGUUCUUCUGAUCACACCUUGAAACUUUUACUUCUGUGAAAUUCGAUUCUUUUGGCUAGUGGCUCAGCUGUUCUUAAUUGUUGAUUGUUUUGGUGAUCCUAAAUCAUAAUGUUGGCACUAUCUGCAAAGUUCCAUAUAUUGUAUUAAUCUCAACUAUACCACAUUGAUAUUUUCUGCAUUUUCAACCCAUGUUGGGUAUCAAAGGUUAUUCUGAAUCCCCUGGAUUUAUUAAUCCCCUUGUAUGUCUAUGAUCACUAACAUUAGCAGCCCCCAAAUUAAGUGGAUGCACUUUGCCUAUGCUAUUUCAGUUUGCUAAUCUCUGAUUUUUACUGAGAAGAGAUGGGCAGUUGACUUCUUCUAUAAGGGGUAUGCAUCUCAAAUAAGAUGUGAUCUUUUUGAUAUUUACCUGUUUUGCAAGCUUUGCUAAGGAAUCACUGAAACAAGGUGAGAGCAGCUCUGGGAGGAUCUUGCAUGCAAAAGUUUGGGCACCCCAGUCAAAAUUUCUGUUACUGUGAAUAGCUAAGCGAGUAAAAGAUGAACUGAUUUCCAAAAGGCAUAAAGGUAAAGAUGACACAUUUCUUUAAUAUUUUAAGCAAGAAAUUUUUUUUUAUUUCCAUCUUUUACUGUUUCAAAAUAACAAAAAAAGGGAAAGGGCCUGAAGCAAAAGUUUGGGCACCCUGCAUGGCAGUAUUUAGUAACUCCCCCUUUGGCAAGUAAAUGCUUUUUGUAGCCAGCGAAGACUCUUUCAAUUCUUGUUUGGGGCUGUCUUGCAUGCACUGCUCCUUUGAGGUCUAUCCACAGAUUCUUGAUGAUGUUUAGGUCAGAGGACUAUGAGGGCCAUGGUGAAACCUUCAGCUUGUGCCUCUUGAGGUAGUCCAUUGUGGAUUUUGAGGUGUGUUUAAGUUCAUUAUCCUGUUGUAGAAGGCAUCCUCUUUUCAUCUUCGGCUUUUUUACAGAUGGUGUGAUGUUUGCUUCCAGAAUUUGCUGGUAUUUAAUUGAAUUCAUUCUUCCCUCUACCACAAGAUCACAAGACAAAGGAGCAGAAGUAGGCCAUUCGGCCCAUCGAGUCUGCUCCGCAGCUCCCCCAUGAGCUAAGCUAUUCACCCAUCUAGUUCCAAUUUCCAGGCUUUAUCCCCAUAUCCCUUGAUACCCUGACUAAUUAGAUCUUUUACUCACUUAGCUAUUCACAGUUGUGUGGGCACGUGGCCAAGUUAAGGUAUUCGACUAGCGAUCUGGUGAGAUUGAGCCCCAGCUGAGGCAGCGUGUUAUGUCUUUGAGCGAGGCACUUAAUCACACAGUGCUCUGUAACAACGCUGGUGCCAAGCUGUAUGGGUCCUAAUACCUUUCCCUUGGACAACAUCGGUGUUGUGGAGAGGGGAGACUUGCAGCAUGGGCAACUGCUGGUCUUCCAUACAACCUUGCCCAGGCCUGCGCCCUGGAGAGUGAAGACUUUCCAGGUGCAGAUCCGUGGUCUGACAAGACUAAUGGAUGCCUUUAACUUUAACUAUUCACAGUAACAGAAAUUUUGACUGGGGUGCCCAAACUUCUGCAUGCCACUGCAUGCAAUCCUUUUAGUGUUGUUAAGGACCUAGGGAGACCUUACCCCCUCAAUUGGAUCAAUUUUGUUGGUUGUGGAGUCCUUCAAGGUUCACAGCCUGACUGGAAGCCAAGUCUAUCACUGGCAAAAGCUACAUACCACAUUAAAACAACAGGUGAGCAUUAUCUGGCUUAAAUUACCUAUCAAAACCUUGUGAAGCCUGUUUACACAACUCAUUCCAGUAAAUCAUUCAAAACCUGACAUCCUUCGCACCUAAUCUGUACACUCUAAACGUUUAUUAGAUAGCUAUGUUCACCACCCUCUAUUCGAGUAUAGCUUCAAUUUUCUUCCUUGUACCUUAUUAACACCAUCUUUUCACUGACUUUCCAUUUAUUACCACACGGCAGCAGGAGUUUCAUCUUAUUUCUGAUGACAGCUAUUAGAAUGAACAAGCACUUCUGUUUGUGCCUAUGGCAUUCCUGCCACUUCUGUGGGACAGUCUUAGUUAUCAGUUAGCGGUGUUAAUCAACUCUUAGAAUUAGCUGUACAAUGAUAAGAGUGCAAAUUUGAAAUUGCUAAGAGAUUAAAUGACGCUCGCAACAACCUCAAGCAACUACAUUAAUGCUUUUUUCUUCUGGCAGUCUACCUCUGAUCUUACUAUAUUAGGAAGCUGGUUGGCUGCCAGGGCAACUCUUAAGAUGCAUUGGUUGCUAAACUACUAAAUUGUCAAUCAAGUGGUUAAUAAAAAUCUUUGCUUUAAACUAAAUCUCUGCUUGCUAAUGCUAUUUAGUGAACCUUUGUGACAUCACUAGAGAUUGAUUGCUUUUCUUCCUAUUCUGUUGAGAUUAUCUUAGUUGACAUGUGAGUUUUGAAUCUUAUAAACUGCUGCAUCUUUAUCUACUAUUGGGUUUGGAUCGUAUUUGUGCUUAGAGAAAAUAGACCAGUGGAUGAGAAGUGAUUGAUAUACGUAGAUACCUGACCCACCCCUAAUUUCUCCUUGCCACUGUUUCAGUCUUGGCUCACCACUUUCCUGCUACAUUUGGACUGGUGUUUUUUUCCUGCAUUUUUGUAAUCAAUGGGAAUAACCUGUGACCCAAUCUCUCUUAGUGGCACUAACCAGAAUCAGUCAGUCAUGCCCUGCAAGAAUAUCCAUCCUUGGAUAAGGAGACCAAAACUGUACACAGCAUUUAACUUGUGAUUUCAUCAAGAAUUUGCAUAACUUUAUCAAGGCAGUCCUGGUCCAGUACUUGAAUCCACUUGCUAUGAAGGCCAAACUGUUACUUGUGCAUGCUUGCUUUCAUUGAUUGGUGCACAAGGAUGCACAGGUCUCAUUAUACCUCACCCUUUCUAAUAUAAUGAAUAACCAACCUUCUUUCCUUCCUUGUUAUAGCCUCAACCUGUUCUUAGAAGUGAAAUAGUUGGGUUCUAUUAGUUGUCUUCUCAUCUAGUGGAGCCACUUAAGCAAUAAGAAAUUAAUCAAUGCCUCUGCUACUUUCAGAGCAACUUCCUAAAGUGCUGUAACAGCAUGCUAACUUGUGUUUGAGUUGGUUUCCCCUAGUCUCACCAAGUGUGCAUUGUGUGGUUUAUAAGUAAGUCACACUUUUAGAAGUAUCCUGUUCAUUGAUGAUUCAUGAGAUAUAGUGUAGCUAAUUCUCAUAGCAGUGCUCCUAACACCGUCUUCAUGUGCAAUUGAUUGCUUGUGAUGUGUGAGUGACCUGCGCCAACCAAAUUUGUUAGCAAUUUCAUUGUACUUUUCUGCACUGGUGUGUAGUCCACGUAAGGCUCGUGACUUGUUCAUCCUCAGAAUGAGUAACUUCUGAGGAUUCUUCAGUAUUCAUUUGCUGCAUCUUUGGUGUAUAAAGGCAUAAACUAGGACUAUCAUGGUAAGAUUAAUUGCGAUUAUCUUUAUUACACUGUACUAUUGAUUUUUGAUGACUGCAACUACAUAAUGACUAGCCUGAAAUGUGUGUAGAUGGCACUGAUUUUCAGGUUACUUUUAAUGUCUAGCUACGCAAGUGUAAGUAGCAAUUGUUCAGUGGCAGCUUCUGCUCUCUGGUCCAUGCUCUCGUUUCUGUCGGAGGGCAGAAUAAUCAGAUAGUAUAUAAGUGUGUGUGAGAGAAAGGCAUUACAUAAUGAUUUUUGGUGGCUGGACAGAACUGAAUAUGCAAAAGUGUGCAUUUUUAGAGGGGAUGGUUGUAUCUUCAAGAAGAGUUGUGAGUAUUGAUGUGCAACAUCAGGCUUAAGAAAGCAGAGUGAGCAGAUAAUUUGAGACAAGUGGGUAUUACUACAGCCAUCAUUACUUGUGCUGUACUUGUUGAUCUAUUGUCAGCACAAUCAGGAGCAGGCACUAGCAUUUUGCUGUAUUGGUCUUUUUGAUAGCUUCUUUCUUUUCCCAUCCUUUUACCGGAAGUUUAUCAUCUUCCCUAUUUGUAAUACAAAGCACAAAGAACCCAAAGGGUUAUCUGCAGUCAGCUAUGCUUUAGAGUCUGGAGCCCCAUUUAAACUAUGGAAUUUCCACCUUUGACUUACUCAGGUGCGUGGUUUCAAAGUUCUGGUCAAAAUCACAAUAAAAUGUUAGGUGUCAUCAAUGUGCCACAUGCAACAUCUUGAACAAAUUUGAGGUGUGGUGGAUUAGAUGGACAGGGAGUUGAAAUUAAUAUAGGAUGUACUAAACGAGUACAUUGCUUAAUGCCUCAUAAUAUAAAGAAAAUCAAGUAGGAUGUUGGAAGCACUCAGCAGUUAAUGUUUUAUGUAUAGGUCUUGGGAAUGCUUUUUGGAACAGAGAAGGUCAGGAAGGAUAGAUUGAACCAAGGGAAUAUCUCUUAGAGUAAAACCUAAUGACAGUUUGGAUCCCUGCAGGCUGCAGCAUGCUCAGGCAUAUGAUGUUACUGGAGCUUGCAUUGAGAUUCACUUUAUUGGAGUGAAAACAUUAUGCUGGUUGGGAGGCUAGCUAGUGCUACUCAGAAAAGUUUAAACUAGUUUGGCAGGGGGAUAAGAUCCAGUGCACCGUCAGAAAGUAGAGAGAUGAAAGAGAAAGGUAACUGUCAGGGCCAGUAAGAAGAGACAAGAGCAAAGUAAUAUUUUAAUGCUAGGAGUAUUAUGGGCAAAGGUGAUGAACUUAGAGCAUUGAUCACUACAUGGAACUACGAUGUGGCCAUGAUUGAGAGAGGGAAAGGAAUAGGUGCUUAAUGUCUCAGGGUUUCAAUGUUUUAGAAAAGAUGGGGGUAAAAGUGGGUGGGGGGUGUUGCACUACUAAUCAGAGACAAUAUCAAAGCUGCACUCAGAGGGGACAUAAUGGAGGGCUGAGUCUAUAUGGGUAGAAUUAAGUGUAAAAUCAAUCGGGUUGUCAAAGCGGACUUCAACUUCCCUAAUAUAAACUGAGACCAUCUUAGUGCAAGAGGUUUGGAUGGGGCAGAAUUUGUUAGGUGCACUCGAGGGUUUCUUAAAUUAAUAUGCUGAAAGUCCAACAAGAGGAGGGACUGUACUGGAUCUGGUGUAGGGUAGUAAGCCUGUUUAGAUGACUGACCUUUCAGUGAAUGAGCAGUUAGGGAACUGUGACAUGUUUUGGCUCACUGUGACACCCUUCUUGAAGAUUACCUUUAGGAUUUGAGGUGAGGGUUAACUUGGAUUGGAACAACCAGCUUGUGCUGGCAGUCAGUCCUUUGUGGUGGCAAUCUUUUCAUGAUGUUGCUUGUGGCUCUGGUGGUACUGGUGGUCCCUUGGAGGGUCAGACACCCUGAGCCAAUAGGCUGGUCCUGGACUUAUUUCCUGGCAUAAUUUACAUAUUGUUAUUUAAUUAUAGUUUUAUAUUGCUAUAUCUGUACUCUAUUCUUGGUUGGUGCAACUGUAAUGAAACUCAAUUUCCCUCGGGAUCAAUAAAGUAUGACUAUGACUAUGAUUUGGUCGGGGUAAAUUGAACACUCCAUGGAGGAGAUGAAGGUGUAGUUUGAUCUGUUUGACGAACCUGUUGUGCUUUCAGGCGCGUGUGGUUGACAGCCAAUCUCAAGCUGACUUUUGUUGUUCCUAACAAUGUCUCGAAUGUUCUUGGGUAAACCGUUUAAGUAGUCUUGCUCGGGAUGCUCAGUUGGGUUUUUGUAGCUGUGUGGUUUUACUGAAUAAAGGUUUAUUUUGUAUACCGGCUUUGUUCUAUCUCCUGGUUUCUGGUCUCAUCAGUAGUUUUGGUGAACAAACACAAUACCACAGCUCCUUAAACUGAAAGUUAGCUAGAGAUGAGGAUUAAGUUGGAGCAGAGCAAAUUACAAGAGCAUUAGGCAGGAACUAGUGAAUUAUUUGAGAACAGCUGUUUUUGGGCAAGUCCUCAUCAAUGAGGAAGGGGUUUAAAAACCAACUGCUCAGGGUAUAGGACAGGUAUUUUCCAUUCAGAAGGAAGGACAAGUCGAGGGAGGUGAUUAAUUUAGUCAAGAAUCAAACAGAACCCUUGAUUAUGAAGAAGCCAGAAAAGAACUCAAGCAGGGAAUUAGGAAAGCCAGGAGUGACCAUGAAGUGUCCUUGACAAGUAGGGUUAAAGAGAGUCCCAAGCAAUUCUAUCCCAAGCAAUCAGGAACAACAGGAUAACUAGGGAGGGAGUAGGACCACUUAAGGAUAAAGGAGGGAACAUUUGCCUGGAUGCAUAGGUUGUGGGUGAGGUCCAUAAUGAGUACUUUACAUCAGUGUUUAUGAAGGAGAAGGACGUGGAGUUUAGGGAGGUGAAAGCUGGGGUAUCUUAUGCUAGGGUGUUUUAGCAGUGUUGAUGAGCAGAGGGAUCUUCGGGCUCCAGGUUUAUAGCCUCCUGAAAGUGGCUACACAGUGUUAUAAGGUGGUUAAGACAGCAAAUGAAAUGUUUGCUUUAUUAGUCAAGGCAUUGAGUUCAAAAGUCAGGAAGUUAUAUUGAAGCUUUAUAAAACUCUUAGGCUGUAUCUGGAGUAUAACGUGCAGUUCUGGUCACAUAUUAGGAAGGAUGUUAGGUUUUGGAGAGGGUGGAGAGGUUUAUCAGGAUGAUGCCUGGGUUAGAGGAUGUGCUGUAACAAGAGGUUGGACAAACUUGUGUUGUUUUCUCUGGAGCAUUGGAGGCUGUGAGUAUUUCGAAUAGAGGUUUAUAAGAUUAAGAGAGGCAUAGAAAGAGUAGACGGCCCGUAUCUUCUUCCCAGUGUUGAAAUUUCUAAAAUAAGAGGGCAUGUAUUUAAGGUAGGGUUAAGUUUUUUUUAAACACAGUGGUGGGUGCCUGAAAGGUGUUGCUUGGAGUGGUGGUAGAGGCUUAAGAGACCUUUAGAUAGGCACAUGAAUGUGAAGGUUGUGUAGGUAGAGGGGGUUAGUUUAGUGGCAAUUUGAUUACUAAUUUAUCUGGUUCGGCACGACAUUGUGGGCCGAAGAGCCUGUUCCUGUGCUGUACAGUACUAUGUUCUAUUUUUGCAUUGCAGGAAGCCCCAGAGAAAUAGCUGUAUGACAAAGGAGAAAAUCUGCAGAUUCUGGAAAUCUAAAGCAACAUGCACAGAAUGCUGGAGAAACUCAUCAGGCCGAGCAGCAUUCUUGGAAAAGAGUAAACAGUCGAUGUUUCAGGCCAAGACCCUUCAUCACAACUGGAAAGGAAGGGGCAAGGAGUCAGGCUAAGAAGGUGGGGGAGGGGAGGGCAGGAGCAAGUCCAAGGUGGCAGGUGAUAGUUUAAACAGGGAGGAGGUGAAGUAAAGAGCUGGAAAGUUGAAUGAUAAAAGAGAUAAAGGGCUGGAGCAGGUGGAAUCUGAACGGAGAGGACAGAAGUCCUUGGAAGAAAGGGAAGGGCGACGAGCACCAGAGGAAGGUGAUGGACAGGUAAGAAAAAAGGUGGGGGAGGGAAACAAAUGGGGAAUGGUGAAGGAGAAGAGAGGUGUGGAAUCCUGGUAGUUCGAGAAAUCGAUGUUUAUGCCAUCUGGUUGAAGGCUACCCAGACGGAAUAUAAGGUGUUGCUCCUCCAGCCUGAGUGGCCUCAUUGUGGCAGUAGAGGAGGCCAUGGACUGACAUGUCAGAAUGGGAAGUAGAAUUGAAAUGGGUGGCCACUGGGAAAAUCCACAUUUUGUGGCAGAUGGAGCAAAGGUGCUUGGCGAAGUGGUCUCUUAAUCUACAUCGGGUCUCACUAUAUACAUGAGACCAUUCCAGGUGCUCCGGAUACUGUAGAUGACUGCAACAGACAUGCAGGUGAAGUGUCGUCUCACCUAAAAGGACUAUUUGGGGCCCUGAAUGGUAUUGAGGGAUGUGUUGUAGGGAUAGGUCUGGCACUUGUUCCACUUGCAAGGGUAACUCGUACAGCUCUAUGAGUUGGUGGACUUGUAAUGAGUGCUUGUGUCUAGCCUGUGGAAUGAUAUUUUACUUAUCACUGAUGGAAUCCUACUGUCAGGCAGAGAAAUGUGUAUCUGUUUCAUAGUUUCUAAAAGGAAAAUCACUGUCAGAAUUUUAAGGGUAAUGCUUCUCUUUGAUAUAGACCCAAAAACUGCCACUGAGACACUAACUGGCAGGAACCCAAACUCCAAACUGGUGAAGAAAAUGCUUGGAAGACUGUGGUGUACAGAUCUUGAGCAUUAGAGUUGCAGAUAAAACAAGUGAACUUCAAGAAGUCAAGAGUUGAAAUAGGCUGGGGUAGGUGUAUGAUAUUGAUGGGAUUUUGGAAGACUAACGGUAAUGAGUCUUAGUGUUAUGCAGCAUUGAAACUGGCCCAGCUAGUCCAUGUUAAGGUAUCUAUUAAAUGUAGUCCCAUUUGGUUGCUUUUGGCCUAUAUCUGAACUUUUCUAACCCAUACACUUGUCCAGUGGUUUUUAAAACAUUGCAUUUGAACCUGUGGUUAUCACUUCCUCUAGCUGCUCAUUCCACAUACCCACCACCAUGGGAAGUAAAAGUUGCUCCCCGGAACUUUUCAGCUCAUUUUAAAUCUCCAUGCUGCUGCUUUUAGAGCAUUUGCUCCCUGGAAAAAGGCCAUCCGCCUUAUCUAUGCCGUCAUCAUUUUACGUAACUCAGUCUCCUGUGUUCCAGAAGAGAGAAAUGCCCCAAUCUAUCCAGCCUCCACUAUUGGUGUGCGAGGAGGCUAUGAAUUUUAGAUCCUGAUGAUGUAAGUGAAGUGACCAAAUAAAACAAAAGAUUACAUUUUAUAUUUUUA